CCAAAAUGGAAUUUUCCCUUAAUCGGGAAAACAGCCUUUCGAAAUGAGUCUCCAGAUUGGGAGAUUUAAUGCUCCUAAGCACUUCUAGCUUCGUUCGCGACGCCCGGAGAGCAAAGAGAGCGAGGUUGAGGUGGUCGAUCAUCCAUGGAAGAAGAACGCUCUGCUGAAUGUUACGAUGGCACCAAGACCCGGCAGCCGGUGAAGAAGACGUGGGCUUCGGCCACCGUUCUGAUGCUGUCAAUCGUGUUUAUUCUGUCUGGCUUCGUCGUCUCCUGGAUAGACUUUUCUACUUUGACAGGCGCUUUCAUCUUCAGGACUACGACUGUGGAAAGACCAGGAAAUUCCACUCGGGAGGUCGGAUACCCGCUCAUCUGCACGAACUACACGCUGCAGUCAUGUCCGAUGAAUUAUCCGGCAACGCAUCAAAUCAAGGAUAUAUACACCGAGGGAUGUCCAGAGUACUUCCGGUGGAUCCACGAGGAUCUUCGGCCCUGGAAGACGGCAGGGAUCACGCGGGAAAUGUUGGAAAACAGCAAAGGGCACGCACAUUUUCGGCUCGUGAUACUUGAUGGAAAGGCAUACGUGGAGAAGUACAAGCCAGCCUUCCAGACGAGGGACGUGUUCACCAUCUGGGGGAUUUUGCAGCUCCUUAGGUUGUACCCUGGGACGGUGCCAGACUUGGAGCUCAUGUUCAACUGCAACGACACGCCGGUGAUCCGGAGGCAAGAUUACCGAGGCUCGAAAGCAGAGGAGGUCCCGCCUUUGUUCCACUAUUGCGGGCACAACACGACCUUCGAUGUCCCUUUCCCGGAUUGGUCCUUCUGGGGUUGGCCUGAAGUGAACAUAAAGCCAUGGGAAGACAUUUUAGCGGCCAUAGAAGGCGAGGCGGAGCUGAUCAAAUGGAAGGACAGAGAGCCCUACGCUUUCUGGAAAGGCAACUACGGACUGGCCAAGACCAGGGUCGAUCUCUUCAGGUGCAACAACCGUUCAAGAACCGAUUGGAAAGCUCGCUUGUAUGCCCAAGACUGGCAACACGAAGUCGCGCACGGAUUCAAGCACUCGAAUCUAGAAGACCAGUGCACUCAUAGGUACAAGAUCUACAUAGAAGGAAUUAGCUGGUCGGUGAGUGAGAAGUACAUUUUGGCAUGCGAUUCCAUGACGUUGCUGGUAAGGCCGGAGUUCUACGAUUAUUUCAUUAGAGGGAUGAUGCCAAUGGAGCAUUAUUGGCCAAUUAGGCCGAAUAACAAGUGCAGAGAUAUCAAAUUUGCUGUUGAAUGGGGAAACAAUCACACUGAGGAGGCACAGAGGAUUGGCGAGAGCGGGACCAAGUUCGUCAAGGAGAGCUUGAAACUGAAGUUCGUGUACGAUUACAUGUUUCACCUGCUCGGCGAGUACGCGAAGCUCCUGAAGUUUGAGGUAAAGGUGCCCCCGGGAGCAGCCGAGCUGUGCUCGGAAGUGAUGGCGUGCCCGGCGGACGGGCUGCUGAGGAAGUUCAUGGCCGAGUCGAUGGUGAAGUCUCCUAGCGACGUGCUUCCAUGCUCGUUGCCGCCUCCUUACGACCUGGUUGAGUUCAAAGCUUUCAUUGAGAGAAAAGAGAGUGUAACUAGGCAGGUAGAGAUGUGGGAGGCUGAAUUUUGGAAGAAUCUUGAGAAGCAACUCUAGAUUUACCUUAUUUGAUCACUUUAUAUUUUGUUUCAAUUUCAAUUGAUGGUUGAUUAUCCAACAAAAGAAAAGGAAAAACUGUUAGCACAGAGCUAAAUUAAAUAAUAUUCACUAAAUGGUACAUAUCUUCCAUGUACCUUCAGGAAUCAAGCAAUUGCGCCCUCGCCUUGUUGCCCGUAAAUGAAUCAAAUCAAAGGGCUUAUUUUGCCAUCAAUUA